GAAAGCAAAACGGGAGAAGGAGAACCGAUGGCAGGAAAAUAUCCGAAGGGAAGAGGAGGAGAAAAAGAAGCGAUUGGAGGAAGAACGGAUGCAGGAAAAAGUUCAAGAAAAGCUGAAAGCCGAAGAAGCUCUAAUGAGAGAAAGGGAAAAUAAACAACAGCAUCACGCAGAGGAGGAAAAAAAUAGGCAAGCUACAAUCCUGAGGGAAGCAGAACAACAAAGGCAGAGGCAACUGGAAGAAGAUAAAAGAAAGCAAGAACAAAUUGCAAAAGAAGCUGAGGAGAGGCGUAAGCAGAAUGAAGAAAUAAAGAAGAUAAAAGAAGCGACCAACUCUCAAGAGGUGGAGAAACGCACUUCUAAAUUAAACAUAAAUGAGAAGUUUGCAGAUCUGUUGAAACCAACAGAGGGUAAAAGUCUUAAGCCACCCUGGAAAAAUGAAGGCAGUGCAGGUGGUGUCUCAGAGUCUAGGAAUUCAGUUGCCUUGGUAAAUUACAGAGCUUUAUAUCCGUUUGAAGCAAGGAAUCAUGAUGAGAUGAGCUUUAAUACUAAUUUUAAUCCAUUUGUUAUUUAUAUGAAAGCAAAACGGGAGAAGGAGAACCGAUGGCAGGAAAAUAUCCGAAGGGAAGAGGAGGAGAAAAAGAAGCGAUUGGAGGAAGAACGGAUGCAGGAAAAAGUUCAAGAAAAGCUGAAAGCCGAAGAAGCUCUAAUGAGAGAAAGGGAAAAUAAACAACAGCAUCACGCAGAGGAGGAAAAAAAUAGGCAAGCUACAAUCCUGAGGGAAGCAGAACAACAAAGGCAGAGGCAACUGGAAGAAGAUAAAAGAAAGCAAGAACAAAUUGCAAAAGAAGCUGAGGAGAGGCGUAAGCAGAAUGAAGAAAUAAAGAAGAUAAAAGAAGCGACCAACUCUCAAGAGGUGGAGAAACGCACUUCUAAAUUAAACAUAAAUGAGAAGUUUGCAGAUCUGUUGAAACCAACAGAGGGUAAAAGUCUUAAGCCACCCUGGAAAAAUGAAGGCAGUGCAGGUGGUGUCUCAGAGUCUAGGAAUUCAGUUGCCUUGGUAAAUUACAGAGCUUUAUAUCCGUUUGAAGCAAGGAAUCAUGAUGAGAUGAGCUUUAAUACUGGAGAUAUAAUUCAGGUUGAUGAAAAAACUGUAGGGGAGCCCGGGUGGCUUUAUGGGAGUUUUCAAGGAGAUUUUGGUUGGUUUCCAUGCAAUUAUGUAGAAAAAAUACCAGAAGGGGAAAAAUCUUUGUCUCCUAAGAAGGCCUUACUUCCUCCUACAGUCUCUUUAUCUACUACCUCAGCUGCUUCAGAACCACUUUCACCGAGUAAAUCUGCAGAAGAAUCUGAUUACCAAAACAUCCCUUUUUCUAACCUGAAUGUCAGCACGGCCUGGCAGCAGAAAUCGGCUUUCACUCGCACUGUGUCCCCUGGAUCCGUUUCACCCAUUCAUGGACAGGGGCAGCCCGUCGAGAACUUAAAAGCACAAGCACUUUGCUCUUGGACUGCAAAAAAAGAUAACCACUUGAACUUUUCAAAAAAUGAUAUCAUUACUGUCCUGGAGCAGCAGGAAAACUGGUGGUUUGGAGAGGUACACGGCGGAAGGGGUUGGUUCCCAAAAUCAUAUGUCAAGCUCUUACCUGGGAGCGAAAUCAAGAAAGAGGAACCAGAAGCUAUUUAUGCAGCUGUGAACAAAAAGCCGAGCGCGGUGUCUUACGCAGCAGGAGAGGAGUACGUCGCCCUCUAUUCGUACUCAAGCUCCGAGCCUGGGGACUUGACUUUCACGGAAGGUGAGGAGAUCCUGGUGACCCAGAAGGAAGGGGAGUGGUGGACCGGGAGCAUCGAUGGCAGAACUGGAAUCUUCCCCUCCAAUUAUGUCAGACCAAAGGAUCAAGAAGCUUCUAGUAGUGCUGGCAAAACUGGAACAAUGAAUAAGAAACCUGAAAUUGCUCAGGUUACUACUGCCUAUGCUGCAUCAGGAUCUGAACAGCUUAGUCUUGCUCCGGGACAGCUAAUACUUAUUCUGAAGAAAAAUGCUAGUGGCUGGUGGCAAGGAGAGCUGCAGGCAAGAGGGAAAAAGAGACAGAAAGGGUGGUUCCCUGCCAGCCAUGUGAAAUUACUGGGGCCGAGCACUGAAAGAACCACGUCUGCUGCUCCCGCAGUGUGUCAGGUGAUAGCCAUGUAUGAUUACAUGGCCAACAACGAAGAUGAGCUCAGUUUCUCCAAAGGGCAGCUCAUUAACGUCCUGAGCAAAGACGAUGCUGACUGGUGGCAAGGAGAGCUCAAUGGGGUGACAGGUCUCUUCCCCUCAAACUACGUGAAGAUGACCACGGAUUCUGAUCCAAGUCAGCAGUGGUGUGCUGAUCUCCAGAGCCUUGACACGAUGCAGCCGAUGGAAAGGAAAAGGCAGGGCUACAUUCAUGAACUCAUCCAGACAGAAGAAAGGUACAUGGAUGACCUGCAGCUCGUCUUAGAGGUUUUCCAAAAGCCAAUGGCCGAGUCGGGCUGUCUCACCGAAGGAGAGAUGGGGCUGAUCUUUGUUAACUGGAAGGAACUCAUCAUGUCAAAUACAAAGCUACUGAAAGCCUUGCGAGUGCGUAAGAAAACGGGAGGAGAAAAAAUGCCAGUGCAGAUGAUCGGGGACAUCUUGGCAGCAGAGCUCUCUCACAUGCAGGCCUACAUUCGGUUCUGCAGCUGCCAGCUUAACGGGGCUUCCUUGCUGCAGCAGAAAACCGAUGAAGAUGCUGAUUUCAAAGACUACUUAAAGAAACUUGCCCUGGACCCUCGCUGCAAAGGAAUGCCCCUCUCCAGCUUCCUCCUGAAACCUAUGCAGAGAAUCACCCGCUACCCUCUGAUCAUAAAGAGUAUUCUAGAGAACACUCCAGAAAACCACCCCGACCACAGUAACCUCAGGCUUGCCUUGGAGCGUGCGGAGGAGCUGUGCUCUCAGGUGAACGAAGGGGUGCGUGAGAAGGAGAACUCGGACAGGCUGGAAUGGAUCCAGUCCCACGUGCAGUGCGAAGGCCUUGCUGAGCAACCGGUGUUCAACUCCCUCACAAACUGCCUGGGACCACGGAAGCUCCUGCACAGUGGGAAGCUGUACAAGGCCAAGAGCAGUAAGGAGCUCUAUGGCUUCCUCUUCAACGACUUCCUCCUGCUCACCUACAUGGUUAAACAGUUUGUCUCUUCCGGCUCCGAUAAACUCUUCAGCCCCAAGUGCAACUCCCAGUUCAAAAUGUACAAAAUGCCUGUUUUCCUUAAUGAAGUCCUGGUGAAAUUGCCCACAGAUCCUUCAAGCGAUGAGCCAGUUUUCCACAUAUCACACAUUGACAGAGUUUACACGCUUAAAACGGACAACAUUAACGAGCGCACUGCCUGGGUCCAGAAAAUCAAAGCGGCGUCAGAGCAGUACAUCGAAACUGAGAAGAAGAAACGUGAAAAAGCUUAUCAAGCGCGCUCACAGAAGAGCUCAGGAAUAGGACGCUUGAUGGUGCAUGUGAUUGAAGCAACAGAGCUGAAGGCCUGUAAGCCCAAUGGGAAGAGCAACCCGUACUGUGAAAUCAGCAUGGGCUCUCAGAGCUACACCACCAGGACCCUGCAGGACACCUUGAACCCCAAGUGGAACUUCAACUGCCAGUUCUUCAUUAAGGAUCUGUAUCAGGACGUCCUGUGUAUCACCAUGUUUGACAGAGAUCAGUUCUCACCCGAUGAUUUUUUGGGUCGCACCGAAGUUCCAGUAGCAAAAAUCAGAACAGAACAAGAAAGCAAAGGCCCCGUGACUAAACACCUCCUGCUGCAUGAAGUUCCAACAGGUGAAGUCUGGGUCCGCUUUGACCUGCAGCUCUUUGAUCAGAAAACACUCCUCUAAGAACACUUUUUUUAAUUUAUGAAGGACAACUGAAGCUGACAGCCUUUUUUUUUUUGAUAAAAGAUUCCUUGCUCCACGCUGGUUAUUAAGCAAGAGUUCCUGCUGCCUCCAUGUUUCCUCUUAGCUACUGGUUGCGUUUAGUUCCUUGCAGCAUUGGAAGUUGUUGUUGAUCUAUGCAAACACAAAUGUUACUGUAUAUACAGUACUAGAGCUCAGUGCCUUUUUAUUACGUUAGAAUAUCUUGGGUUUGGAUGCCAAUGUUUCCAUUUUCAGGGCCAUAAUAAGUAUUAAGUAGAAAUGUGGCAUCAAGAUGUAUUUAUAUUUUACCACUUAGUCUAACGUAUAGACUGAGGAAUGGUUUAGCUCAGCACAAGAAUCAUUCCAUUUGAAAUCUGCAAAGUGAUAUCCACUGGAACCUUCCCGUCUCAGGAUGAUAGUUUUAAAGAUUAAAUGCUGAAGAAGCCUUAGCACUGGAGAAGUCUCCGCUAUAUUGUAUAUUCUUUAAGAAUCAAGUGUAGUUCUUUACUUGACUUAGUUCUGCACUGAAAUCAGUAACUGCUACUUGAUUUUUCUUUCUGCUUCGGUUUGAUUCAUCAUUCUCUGCUGCGACAAUGUGGUUGUGAAGACUAACUAGAAAAAAAUAUUUUAAAUACUGUGACCCACAAAAAUGUGGAAAAAAUAUUCUUCAGCUUUUGUUUUUUUCCUAAAUGUAAGUUAUUUUGUGUACAUUUCCUUGGUCUUGCAGACCACGUGAAUCUUGAAGCUUUGACAUUGCCAACUUGUAUAUAGAGAGUAAAAUAUAAGUUUAUUAAUGUAAUUUGUCUACAGAUGUUUAUUGAUGCAUAGUGAUUUUUAAAAAGUAUAUUUUAUUGUACAGGGGAAUGUGAAAUAAUGAAAAAAAGCUUAAAUAGUUAACUUCAAGAAAAGUUUAUUAUAAGUUUAAAAGGUUUCCUCGGGGGAAACUGUCACCCCACCACAAAUCUGUAAAAUGAGAUGAUUGGUUGAAAGCAAAAACUUUCUCUUGGCACCAAAAUCAGGGAUGGUUAGGAAAAAAAAAAAAGAACACAAAAGAGUUUGUUUAUAAAGGGUUUGAUACAUUGUAACCAUUUUACUGCCUCCUUAAAUUGCUUUGUUGAAAAAGCACAGCAUGCAAUUCCGAGUGGUGCAUGCCCUUGUUUUCCAUGGGCACAGCAAUCCCUCCUGCUGCCUGACAGUUUCACGCCCCACAGCCAUCUGUGUACCCUCCUGUUACAGGGCUGAGGCAACCUCUGUUACUUUUAACAGUUCUCUGUGGUUCAGUUCUUUCUAAUCCUAAAUAAAAGUAAAUCUUGGCAACUCUUGA